CGCGCCGGACGGUCGGUAUAUCCGAGGGGACAGCGCGCAGCGGCAGCCGCAGGAGUUCGGUCCCCGCAAACGCCUCGCAGAAGACUUUAUCCGGGAGAUGGAAGAAGGUGUGAGUCAUCAUUGGUGAUGGCUCCAGACUUCCAGAUGGCAUGAGGCGAGCUGGGAGGGACGCAGCGGGUCGAUAUUUCACCUCCAUUGUUUUCUGAGACCCAUGUGUGCAUGGCCAGGGCUGGAGGAGAGACCAGGCAGGCUCUUCCUGGCCGGAAGCCCCCCAAGAGCAACCCCCAAAUCACCCGUGCUUAAGGGUAUCCUCAGCUUACUAGGGCGCCCAGCUGGAAGGUCCACACUGGCCACGCCUGUGACCCCUGCUCUCCCUCACCUGCCCCUGCUGGAUCCAGAAUGGCUCCCUGGUUCUGCCACCUCCUCUACCUCCUGAUAGGGAGUCUCUGUGGGACCUUCUCCAACUCCCCGGGUGAAUCAAGGAGUCCUUGGGUCGCAGCUCCAGUGGCUCCGGGAGAGGUAGUGGAGACUGCAGAUGGGGUGUGCGCGUUCCCAGGGCAGCGGCUGAGCUGGUGGCAGGCCCAAGAGUCCUGUGAGCAGCGGUUUGGCCACCUGGCACUGGGGCCACCAGAUGGGAUCCUUGCUCCACGGCUGCCCAACCCCAUCUGGGUAGGCCAAAGAGAGGCCCCUCUGCGAAGACCCCCGCAGAGGCGUUCGCGCAACACGGCCGCGCUGCUGUUCGGCGAGCGGAGCGCCGAGCGGGCGGCGCGGCUGCGGACGCCCCUGCCCGAGCUUGGGGCGCUGACGGCCUGCGCGCACGUGCAGUGGGACGCCGCCUCGCCCGACCCGGCCGCGCUCUUCUCCCUCGCCGUGCCCGCGCAGGCCAACGCGCUGCAGCUGCGCGCCUUCGCCGAGCCGGGCGGCACCGUGCGCGCCGCGCUCGUGGUGCGCGGUCACCACGCGCCCUUCCUCGCCGCCUUCCGCGCCGACGGCCGCUGGCACCACGUGUGCGCCACGUGGGAGCAGCGCGGCGGGCGCUGGGCGCUGUUCGCUGACGGGCGGCGGCGCGCCGGGGCGCGGGGACUGGGCGCGGGCCACCCGGUGCCCCCCGGCGGCAUCCUGGUGCUGGGCCAGGAUCAGGACUCUCUGGGCGGAGGCUUCUCGGCGCGGGACGCCUUCAGCGGCAACCUCACCGACUUCCACCUGUGGGCCCGGGCGCUGAGCCCCGCGCAGCUUCAUCGCGCGCGGGCGUGCGCGCCGCCCCCCGGCGGCCUGCUCUUCCGCUGGGACCUGGGCGCCCUGGACGUCACGCCCUCGCUGCUCCCGCCCGUGCGGGUGCGCCUUCUCUGUCCGGUGCCCUCAGAGGAGUGCCCUACGUGGGACCCAGGACACCGCACCGAGGGCUCUUCGCUCUGCCUGCAGCCACGGCCCUUCCUCUGCUGCUACCGGACAGAGACCUAUCGGCAGCUGCAGGACGCCCAGUCAUGGCCUGGCCAGGACGUUAUCAGCCGAGUCAAUGCCUUGGCCAACGCCAUUGUGCUCCUCCCUGACCUCCUCUCUGAAGUCGGCGGAGACCUGUCCCUGGCUGAGGCCUCCAGCUUUCUGAGUAUCCUGGAGGGAGUCCUGGCAGAGGAGGCAGCUCCUCUGGGGCCGGCGGCACUUCUGGCUGUCGUGCACUUUCUGAAGAGGGUGACGGCCCUCGGGGCUGGGGAGCCAGAUCCCUGGAUAGGGCCCUGGGAGCAGCUGGGACGAGGCGUCAUGUCUGUGGCCAGCCUGGUCCUGGAGGAGCAGCUGGCUGGGGCAUGGCUGUCCGUCAGCGAGGUGGUUGGGGGCCCCAUGGCCCUGGUGGUGAGUGUGCAGCGCCUGGCACCCCUGCUGAGCACCGUGCUGACCUCCGAGCGACCCCAAGUGCACAUCCAGCACCGCCAUGCCGGUCCAGCCACACAGCCGCCUUUGACCCCAGGCCUGGAGGUGCGGAGCCUACGCUUGAGGGAGGCCAGCUCCGAGGACUUCAUGUUCACGAUGCCCGGUGGGCGUCCACGCGGGCCCGGCCACAUCCACAUCCCCGCGGGCGAAGUGAGGCGGCUCCUAGAGCAAGGCCUCUCUGGAGUCACCGUGGUCCACAGCUGGUUCAGCUCCGGUGUCUUCCAGCACCCCCUGGGGGCGCCUGGCCUGGAGCCCCAGACCCCCGAUAGCUCAGAAGAGGCCAGCAGGAUGCAGAGAUUCCUAAGCACCCAGGUGGGGUCAGCCAUCAUCUCCUCUGAGGUGUGGGAUGAAGCUGGGGAGGUCAACACAGCCGUGACCUUUCACCUGCAACACCAGGCCCAGACCUUUCCUCAGAAGCUGGUGGAGCCUCUCUGUGCCUUCUGGAGCUUCAGCAUCAGUCCAGACUCAGGGGGCUCCUGGGCCACUGCUGGCUGCUCUGUGGCUGCGCUGUACCAGGGCUCCACCGCCUGCUUCUGCAACCACAGCACCAACUUCGCCAUCCUGCUGCAGGUGUACGACGUCCAGAGAGGCCCCGAGGAGGAGUCGCUGCUGAGGACGCUCUCCUUUGUAGGCUGUGGUGUGUCCUUCUGUGCCCUUGCCACCACCUUCUUGCUGUUCCUGGCGGUCAGGGUCCCCAAGUCGGAGCGAGCCACGGUCCACAAGAACCUCACUUUCUCCCUGGCCUCCGCCGAGGGCUUCCUCAUGGCCAGCGAGUGCGCCAAGGCCAACAAGGUGGCGUGUGUGGCCAUCACCGCUGCGAUGCACCUCCUCUUUUUGGUCGCAUUCUCCUGGAUGCUGGUGGAGGGACUGCUGCUGUGGAGCAAGGUGGUGGCCGUGAGCAUGCGCCCCGGCCCCAGGAUGCCGCUCUACUACGCCACCGGCUGGGGUGUGCCUGUGGCCAUCGUGGCCAUCACCCUGGCCAUAUCCCCCCAUGACUACGUGGCCCCUGGGCACUGCUGGCUCAAUGUGCACACAGACACCAUCUGGGCCUUUGUGGGGCCCGUGCUCUUCGUGCUGACUGCCAACACCUGCAUCCUGGUCCGUGUGGUGAUGGUCACCGUGUCCAGUGCCCACCGCCGUGCCCGCAUGCUGAGCCCACAGCCCUGCCUGCAGCAGCAGAUCAGGAUCCAGAUAUGGGCCACGGUGAAGCCGGUGCUGGUCCUGCUGCCCGUCCUGGGCCUGACCUGGCUGGUCGGCAUGCUGGUGCACCUUGGCCCGGCCUGGGCCUAUGCCGCCGUGGGCCUCAAUUCCUUCCAGGGCCCAUACAUCUUCCUAGUCUAUGCCGCCUACAACGAGGAGGUCCGGAGUGCCCUGCAAAGGAUGACUGAGAAGAAGGCAGCCGGAGCAUUCAUGGCCCAGGAAGCCCGCCCUAGGCCCUCCCAUCCCUGGGAGGUAGCCCAGGACAACCCCUUAGCCUUGGCUCCACCCCGAAAACACCUGGCUCUCAGAGGGACCCACGCCCCCAGAAUGCCCACAACCUUCUCCUCCAUUGCAGAACCCGAGACACCGGCAGUGGAGCUGACAGCAUUCAAGGCUUCAGGUUUCUAGAGCGAGUACAUGGGACUUUCCUGCAAGUUCCACCUGGGGACCUCAGAAAGGCCCAACUGAGGGCCCCUGAGGGACAGACAGCAGCAUCUGGACCACCACCCACUCCCAGUGGCCUCAGCCUCUCCCUCCUCCUUCUGGGAACCCCCGAUGCUCCUGCUAACCCCACCAUGUCCCACAGUUCUGUCCCCCUAGCUUUCUGUCUGUGAUUGUCUCUCCCCUCUGCCCUCUCCACCUGCCCUGAAGUCCUGACAGCCCUGUGGUGUCUCCAGUAAUAAAUGGCACUGUCGUGAACUGGUCCUCUUGAGGGGUUU